CGCUAUGUCGUCGAAACUUUCGACUCAUUUCCUCAUUUUCUUGAGCCAAAUUGCAAAUCUUUUGACUUGAACACAUUCAGUUAGUGUUUGGUUUGUGAUGUAUUCUGUCUAUCCGCGGUUGAAAAUAAUUCAUCACACAAUUACUUCCUAAUCUAUAGAUUAAGAUAUUUUGAUAAAUAAGGAAAACUUAUAAUUCACGGUACUAUAAUCACUCAACGUGAAACGAAACACUUUAUAACGAAAAGAAUACUUAUUGAAAUACAUUAUUCAAAACGGCGACGGCGAUAUCAAACCACGAUAUCUCUGAAUUGAAGUUCCUAUUUCCACUGUUGAAAGUGCUAUUAAAAGUGCGAUGAUGCGUGUUUGACGUGUUUUUCAGUUGCAAGAGAAAUUCAGACUUGAAAGAAACCUGUGAUAUUUGUGUAAAGGAACCACUGAAUUUGGCUCAAUGCCAGGACGGCAACGAAAGAAUCAAACAUUUUCAGUCGAUCGAGAGGACAGAAGAAAAAAUGGAAAAUGUCAUGAAAUCAAAUAAUUUUGAUAUUAUUGGAGAAAUCAAUGGAAACUUUGGAAAGUGGCAGAUGCGCACGGUCUUAUUAAUUUUCCUAACAAAAAUCCCUUCAGCGUGGUUUAUGGCUGUGAUCAUUUUUUCGGCGCCAGCACCACGAGAUGGAGAGUUUUUCUGCCAUCCUUCGGUGAAAGUUUUAAAUUCACAUACACAAGAAAAGUUUGAACGGAUGCUUGACUUUAAUAAGACCGCUUGGAUUUCAAUGAUGCAUCCAACGACGGAUUCGGAUAACGAUGGAACCAAUAAAAUCGAUUUUUGUAAUAUAUACGCUGACGCUCAUAAAGUUUCCGAAAUGUAUUUUCACUCGUUGUCCUCAAUUACAGAAGAUUGGAUUUCACCCAAUCGAAAUGACAGCGUUAUUGUGCCAUGCAAACGAUUUUAUCAUCAUACAGACUUUUCAACACUUGUAACAGACUAUAAUUUGGUUUGCAACAAAGACAUUCUAAUUGCUAGCACCCAAUUUUUUCAUUUGUUUGGUGUAUUAACAGGAGGAUUGUUAGCAACUUAUUUAUUAAAACAUUUUAGUCCCAAAAGUGUUAUGCUUUUCGGCAUGAUCACUCAGAUUUUUUGUGGCAGUAUGACGGGCCUAGUUGACUCGUAUGAGUUGCAUGUCUUUUUUCGUUGUCUGUCAGCCAUUUGUUGUUGUCAAAUGUACACGGCUGGAGGAAUGAUUUUUUCAGAUAUUACAUCGGGCAAACAAAAAACAAUAGUGGUUACACUUUUUGAGCAAUUUUGGUCAAUUGGCGUAAUUCUUUUGCCGUUACUAGCUCAUCUUGUUAAAAGCUGGUCACAUUUAUAUUUGGCAAUCAGUUGGCCAACAGUAGUUUUAAUCAUAUUAUGGAGAUGGAUUCCAAAUUCACCCCGAUGGUUGCUUGCAAACGGUCGCAUUGAUGAAGUCAGAGAUAUUCUUAUUGAAUCGGCUAUUGUUAAUGAUCGUAAAAAUGUUUUGCCAUCAAAUUUAGAGUUUCUACUUCGGCAGCAAGCAUACAAUAUGCAAAAUCAACUACCUCCAGCUGGAUGGUGGACUCUUUGGAAAGGACCAACUGCUUCUUUUCGGAACAUGGUCUGUGUACAUAUUUGCUGGUCCAUUUAUAUCAUAACAUAUUAUGGAAUGCUUUUGAAUAUUCGAUCAUUUAGUAGAGAGCAUUUGGAAAUUAAUACAAUGAUUGCAGGUUGCUGUGAGAUUCUCGGUGUAUUUGUUGGAUUAAUUUUAAUUUUGUACACAAGAAGAAAAUGGCUCUACACAGGAUUAUUUAAUAUCAUUGCUGGAUUGAUUGCUUACAGCGCUUGGCUCAUUCCAUUAGAUAUUGAAGUCAAUUUAAGAGUGUCACUUUUGAUGUUAUCAUCUAUGGUUUCAAAAGCCGCCAUUUCCUGUACGCUUGCAAUUUUAACUACAUGCACUACUGAACUGGUUUCUGAAAAUCAAAAGAAAAUCUGUGCUUUUUCAACAAUCGUUUAUGCGCGGAUUUUUUUGCUCUCUGCUCCGUUUAUCGGCGCUACUAUUGUGUUUGGUCAACUCAUACCACAGACAUCGUUUACAACCCUAUCAAUUUUCGGUGGAAUUUUAAGCACAUUAAUUAGUAGUCCCCGAACAUUAAACACACCAGUUAAGCAUUCAAAUUUCUCAAAAGAAAUUUUUCCAGAAAUAUACACAAUUAAAAAUUUUGACAGCCUAAGCACAACGGACAAGCCCAAAGGUUGAAUGUGAAGAGUCGCUGCAGUGAUUAAGAGACAAUUUAAAAUGUUACACUAUUUAUUUAUGCAUAGAAAUAAAAAUGUGAUAAUCA